AUGACUCAUCCGUUAUCCGAUGCCGCUGUUCCCUUGUAUUUCGCGGACGCGGAUCCGUUUAGUUCCGAAGACGCUGACUUCGCUCAAGCCUUAGAGGACGACCUUUGGAAUGGAGACGAGGGAUCUAAUAGCGAGGAUGAAGACAACGGAGUCGACGGUUGUGGCAAGGAUCCGGGAUUUGAAGACGGAUCGGACGGUGAUGCGGAUGACGCGGACAGAUCUGACGGCGAGGGCGAGAGAGAUUUUCAACGGGGUGAAGGGAAGCGAGGAACCUUGAGGCCCGCGAUUCAUUUCGGGGACCCGCAAUUCACGGGGAGUCUCGGCCUGCUUCCGCCGGAGCUCUACCACCACGUGCUUAAAUUCCUGUCCGCGGAGGACCUCUCGGUGUGUGCGUGUGUGUGUCGCUACCUCCGCACCGCAUCCUCUGAAGAAAACCUCUGGCGCCGAGCAUACUGCAUCCGAUGGGGGCCGCCUCCCCCCCCUCCACCCUCCUCCACCCGCUCUGUUUUGGACGGACGAGGCGGGUCGGGCGGGAUGGGGGGAGGGGGAGGAGGAGGGGAAGGAAGUGGAGGAGGUGGGGGAGGAGCAGGAGGAGGAGGGGCAGCAGGAGCACAAGCACGUAGCCAUUGGAAACGUCUGUAUUUUGAGAGGGACCGGGGCGAAAUGAAGGAGUUUGUAGCGGACUCCCCUCAGGACCUGCGGGGAUUCUAUGCCCAGCUGCAAGCUGCCAAGCGCAACCUGGUGCCGCGGAGGGACCAGGUGUACGAUGAGCUGGUCCACGUCACGUCUGACCUGGCACGAGCUGUCGCGGAGUGGCGCCAGCAGAACAAGCUACCAGAGAGGGUGGAGGAAGCGCAUCGGUGCACUGGGGGCAACUGCACGUUUCACCGCAUUGAGAAUGUUUUCCUGUGCGAGAAGACAGGCAGGGCGCAUGUGUGUGACGACAACUGUGCGGAGCUCCUAGAGGACGCAGAGAGCCAGAUGCUCGUGUGUGCCAUCAGCGGGCGGUGUGUGGACCGCAUGUUGAGCCCUCAAGAGGAGUUCGACCACCAGAGGGCUGCAGAAGAGGCAGCGUCCACAUGCCAGCCAGAGGAGCUACAGGAGCCCUUUAUGGGAGCGGGGAGGUUUGGUGAGUAA